GUCCCCGGUGUACGCCGAGAUAGGCGUCAGGGCGGUAAAGGCACGGCGAGAAGUUAUACCGCGCUGUGUUGAACAGUUGGGAGGGCACCUUAUAGGUGGUACGUGUAGAAACUCUGCGCAGAGAAAGCUAUAACUCAAAGGGGAGUUGUUUGAAAAAAUGCGUAUGUGGUGAGCUUAGCUGGGGAUCACUCUUCAUAAAGACAGGAGUUCUAUUGGGGACGAUAGAGUAAGGUGAAGUGACGGGGGUAAAAUAAGUGUGAAGUGAGAAGUGCGAGUGUGAAGUUGCAAGUGUGAAGCUGUGCUGUACCGACCGGUUGUCAUGGAAACCCGGAGACGCUGCUCGAUGAGCGGAAUUCUGCUCCUGACCUGUCUGAUCCUGGGACUUUUCGGCACACUGAGUCAUGGAGCAGUCAUCGAGAGUCGCCACAGUAGCACCAAUGACGUCACUGAUGACGUCAGCGGAGUUCACAGACACAGCAUCGACAGCGGGAGCGACGUCAAAGCGGGCGAGCAGUCGCCCUCGGCCAGCCACUGGAGGACCCUGACCACACGCCUCAGCGCCGUCCUACACAUGAUGAGGCUCAAACAGCGCUCCCCGCCGGCAGCACCCGAGCCAGGCCGCUCCCGACGCUCCUACGAGGAUUCACUCGCGCUGGAGCAGUCGAUCGAGGACGACAUACAAACCGUGGAGCGGGAGCACGGUUCGGGGACGAAGGCCGCCCAGCAGCGCGUCAUCGAGGGCCAGAUCGCGCGCGCCGAGCAGGCUGCCGGAGUGCCCACCGACGCCGACAAAAUGGCGCUAGAGCAGGCUAUCGAGAGGGAUAUUCACGAGGUUGAAGAGAUGGGCACGCCCGAGUAUAAGCGCAGGCAGAAGGAGGCGAUCGAGCGAAUUGCUGUUGAGGCGGACGCCGCCGCUCAUCGGGCGGUGGACCAGAGAAAGUUCGAACAGCAUCGCGAGAUUCAGCGAGAGAUUGCCGAAUUCGAGCGGAAGGCGGGCGUCCCGAGCGACGAAGCGAAGCUGGCGUUGGAAACAGCGAUUGAGCAGGAUAUCAAAGCGAUGGAGGCGCAUGAACGGGAGAGGCAGGCGGCCAUUCAGAAAACGAUCAGCGAUGAUAUCAACGCGAUGCGCUAUCCGAACUGGAAGCCAGCUCCCCGGCCCACGACCGGCACGGCAGCCUCCAGCUCCUCCGAGGAAUCCAAGGAGGCCGGCGACACCUCCCCCAAAGCCUCCAGCGCCGAAGACGACGACGACGACUGGGUGUACGACGACGCCUUCGGGGCCGACUCAUCUCUGGUAUCUCCGCUGGACGAGAACGGCAGCGACGACGACAUCCUCUCCCCCAACCGGGUCCCCCUCUCACCAGCCAAGGCCUCCCCGCCCGAGACGGGAGGUCAGGGUCAGGUCAGGGAGGCGCCGGUGCAGGCGGCCCACUCGACCUGGCAGGUGACGCUCAUGACGGUCAUCAUGUGCUCCAUCGUCGGCUUGGUACUGCUACUCGUCGUCGGCGCCUGGUACCGCGACCUCAGUUUCAGAUCGUUCCGGCCGGGGAAACCGCAGCACCUUCUGCUGGAGGAGGAUGAACAGGGGGUGUACCACAGCACCACCCAGCCCGAGCCACGACAGGUGGGCGCCUACUCUCCGCUGACGUGAUCUACAUAUUCCAUUUCCCUACAAUGGAGCGGAGCAGCCCCUGAAAGCUAUGCGCACAACUCGACAGCCCCAUGGACCCAACACAAGGUGGACGACCUGUGACGUCACAGUUUACUGCGGUGAUGUACAACGCCGCGUCACAAUGUGUACCUAGUACUGCAGUGACUUCGUGCGCCUGACACCAGUUGGUCAUGAGAGCACGGCCUCGGUGUGACGAGGAACGAAUGCACCUGUGACAGUUUCGUUACUACGGCUGAAAUGCGGUACAUCCUAACUGAAAGUGAAGCGACGGUAUUGAGAGUCGGCGGUUGAACCGUCGAUAUAAGCGAGCAUAUGACUUUGACAGAUGAGAUUUUUUCGUGGUAGGCUAUUGCAACAAUGUGUUGCUUGACGUGUCAAUCAUAUUUGCACAUAUCUGUGCAAAUACGACUGACACGAAUUUUGAUACGAAUUUCGUUAAUUUUUUUUUUGAUGUGCGCCGUGCAAGAAUAAACUGGUUAUGUGCAAA